AAAAAUAAGAAACAGGAAGAGACUGUGGGAGGACAGCGCACAGCACCGGGGGGAAAGUUAGUGAAGAAGUCCCUGGAGUCUGUUAAAUGGUCCGACAGACUCGAGACUAUCAGCGAGUGACCGUCCUCCGACGAGCAGCAUGUCUCUCCUCCUCACACUGCUUCUGUAUGGACAUCUAGCAUUCAUAAAAGGUUCCGUUUAUGACUCAUCAGCCUGCCAACCAGGUUUUUUUCAGUGCGACUCUGGCUGUCUUCCACCAAUUUCAAUUUGUGAUGGCUCUUAUGACUGCAAGGAUAAAUCUGAUGAAAUAUUAUGUUCUUCAUACUGCAACUUUAACCUGAAAGAUUUUUAUGGAGUCUUCUCUUCUCCUGGAUAUCCAGGUUAUCCACCCUCUGCUUCACCAUUUCAUUGCCGUUGGCUUAUUGAUUCUGAAGAUAGCCGUGGACUUGCUUUGCAAUUUUCUUCAUUGCAGCUUUCUGAGCAAGAUGCACUCACAGUUUAUGAAAAUGGCAAUGGAGAUACUUCACACCUUCUUCGUGCCUUGUCCUACCAGAGCAAUGGCAAGUCUGUCACAGUAGAGUCUGUAGGUGGCAGAGUAACGGUUAUAUAUCAGUACAACACAAAUAUCCACCGUUAUCCUAAUAUUGAUUCCUCUGUACCCUAUGACUCUGGCUUGAGAUUUCCCAGCAAUGAGAACCACGACCCUGGUCCUCACUUUUCUGACCGAAUGGGAUCAGCACCGUCUCGAUUUCAUCUUCCUGGCUUUAACACCAACAGUGGAUGGUUUCCAUCAGUUCAGCCCAGAGGCUUUAAUGCCACUUAUCGGAUACAAGGCUACUGCCUUCCUUGGGACCAACCUUGUGGCUCCAGUCCAGGUAUUUUAUGGAAUGAUGGGGUGGAGGUUGGCGGUGGCUGUUUUUCAGACUCUCAACGUUGCGAUGGAAUCUGGGACUGUGCCAAUGGCAGAGAUGAAGUUAAUUGUACUAAUUGUCCUGAGGGGCACUUUCCAUGUGCUUCAAGUCGUGGCUGUUACCCCAUUAGUGAGAGGUGUAAUUACCAGACUUCUUGCCAAGAUAACACAGAUGAAAAAGGUUGUCGUGGUUGUCAGCCUGGCGGCUUCCAUUGUGAUUUGGAGCGCUGUGUGUAUGAAGCCUGGGUAUGUGACGGGCAAGCUGAUUGUCGGGAUGGAAGUGACGAGAAGAACUGUGGCUACAUACUUCCCCGUAAAGUGAUCGCUGCUGCUAUUAUAGGAAGCUUGAUAUGUGCUACUUUGCUCGUGGUAGCAUUAGGAUGUACAUGCCGUCUCUAUACCUCACGAGCACGCGAGUAUAGCAUUUUCGCACCUUUAUCCCGUAUGGAUGCAGAAUUGAUCCAGCAGCAAGCACCACCAUCCUACGGCCAGUUAAUAGCUCAAGGAGCUAUACCACCUGUAGAUGACUUUCCCACUGAGAGUCCUAGUGACGGCUCGUUCAUGGGAAACCUUCGCAGUCUACUACAGUUCUUACAUCAGACACCACCUCUUCCUGCUGGUGGCCUAAAUGAACUGCCUCCUAGGCAUCGCCCCCCACGCCCUGUUAGGCGCCUUCUCAGAAGACUUCGCAGAUGGGGUCUUCUCCCUCCCCGAACUCAGGGGACGCAAACCGAACCAUCUCAGAAUCCAAACACUGAUCCUUCACAGCAGACAUCAGAAAACAGUAAUCAUACCUCUGCUCCACUACUUCCAGUGAAGACUCCUUUAGAUUCUCCUGGUUAUUCAGUUUCCAUGACUGAGCCUUCAGCUUCUUCCCAGCACCCCUGCUCGGUGGAGGAUAGGAGUGGACUUAUGAUGGGCGUAUUGCAAGUGGUGCGAGAAAGGGUCUUGCACCCGUCUAGUGCAGAUCAUCUUUUGAAUGGAACAAGAGGGGAGAGGUUUGGGCAGGACGCUCUAGGACUGGAAGGAGCUGAAGACGAGGAUGAAAUGCUGUUGUUGCCACUUGCUGAAGGCUAUGAUGAAGCAGCAGGAGAUGUGGGGUUAAUUUUAUGUUAGCAAAGCUUCUACCCUAUCCUCUCCUUCAAAAUUUGCACAUCGGGAAAGGUUUUGUGAGAGUUUGUAUGCAAGUUGCUGUGAUCAGUGCUUGAAGCUUAGUGAAGAUCAAAUUAGAUGACAUGGACUUGAUAAAUUCUAAGAUCCAUCAGCAUUGUGCAGAGACCCUGAUGUCUUGCAUCUACAAGCACCGAAGCUGAGUGCAUCGCCAGUGCUGCAAUUAUUAAGAUUCAGUGUAACUCGAGCUUUGUUCAGUGUAAAUUAGGCAUACCACAGUUUUCACUUGAAUAUCUGCUUUUGAACACCAGUAUACAAUUUAUAUAUGGAUACAAUCUGUCUACACAGUUCAGUAGCUUUGUACACUGCAUUUUGUAUCUUGUACUGUU